AUGGAUGGCCUCUCCGGUACUUGGUCACCCCCGCACUACGAUGUCUCACGUCCUCCGGGCUUAGACAAAGUCGUGGCUCUGACAAGUGAUCCAAACUUUCCUCAAAAUUUCGCUCGAAUAACCAAAUGGUCUCCCGAUGGCUCAGUCUACCUCUCACAAUGCGAGAACAGGUCGUUUCAAUUGGGAGCAUUUAGUUCUUUAGAUUCCAGCGGCUCAACUUCUCCUAGCUCACCAGUGACGCUCGAAUUUUGUCAAUCGGCCCCGAUUGUGGACUUUGCAUGGUACCCAGCAGCGACUUCAAGUGAUCCAGCCACAUUUUGUUUCCUGGCCUCUGUUCGCGAAUGCCCUGUGAAGCUUCUUGACGUAUCAGACGGCCGACUUAGAGCGUCUUACCCCAUCAUCGAUCAUCGUGAACGAUUCAUAGCGCCUCACAGCCUUGCUUUCAAUCUUACUGCACAAAAGCUAUACUGUGGUUUUGAAGAUGCAAUCGAAGUUUUCGAUGUUGCAACCCCCGGCGAAGGUACUCGACUAGCGACCACUCCUAACAAGAGUAGCAAGGAUGGCCUCAAAGGUAUAAUAUCCGCUCUUGCUUUCUGUCCGUCUUACGAAUCGGAUAUGUUUGCCGCUGGAUCUCUGAGCGCCAACCGUGCCAAUAUCGCACUGUUCAGCGAGUCUCAGGGAGAAGCACCACUGAUGUUUUUAGAUGGAGGAGUUCAAGCAGGCGUGAUGCAGCUUCAAUUUAACCCCGUCCAACCGCAUUUGCUCUAUGCUUCCUUUCGGCGUGAUACGCGUAUCUUCUGUUGGGAUAUUCGAUACAAUUCGGAUCAACCCCUCAAAAUUUACGCACCAACUUCAGAUGUACCAUUCUCGGGUGUCAACACCCAGAUUGACUAUCCUUCGUUCAAGGAAUCCACGAACCAGAAGCAUCGAUUUGAUAUAGACAUCAGUGGAAAAUAUCUAUCUGUCGGGCGACAGGAUGGGAACAUAUUGAUGUAUGAUCUCGAUGACCCGCUGUCCCUCGAAGUUUCUGAACCUCAAGGAGAUGAAAUUGAACCUACCAUAAUUUCCCCUACUCUGGUAUUUGAGGCCCAUGAUGACUCCGUUGGUAGUGUUGCCUUUCAUCCAAUCUCUGCUCGAUUACUUUCGUCCUCGGGCUCGCGUAAUUUUGACGAGGGCUCGUCUGAUUCUGAGGACUCUGUGUCCGACUCCGAUGAUUCUCUGAAGGGAACGGCUACAUCUGUCUCCAUGCGGCGAAUGAAGAAACAGCCUAGCGUACGGGAUAAUUCGUUGAAACUGUGGAUGUUUUGA